AUGCAACCAUAUUGCUCCUCACCUGUCAUUCAAUCCUCACCUUUCUCCUCAUCAUCUCACUUUCCGGGCGACGGCUCAAAACAGCCACAAACGACCAAAUGGAGCCCCCCCUCGGACGAGGAACUUCAGGGACGCCCCGUCCUCGUCGCCGGCGCGGGCAACAUCGGCCGUCGCAUUGCCCUCGUCUGGGCCUCUCACUCCCGGCCCGUCAUCAUCUACGACAUCUCCUCGGACGCACUCCACUCUGCCACCGAGUACAUCACCGACAAUCUCGCAGCCUACUGCACCACGCGCGGCACACACCCCGGCCACGUCCGAACCACCAGUGACCUCCGCACCGCUACAAGCAGUGCCUCCGGACUGGCCGAAGCCAACGCCAAAGCCCCCUGGCUGGCAAUCGAAUGCCUCCCCGAGUCCCUCCCCCUCAAAACCUCCGUCCUCGCCUUACUCGAGCGUUCACUCCCCACCGACUGCCUUCUCGCCUCCAACAGCAGCAGCCUCACCACGGCCGAGAUGGCCGCCCAGGGUGACCUAAACCACCCAGAGCGGCUACUCAACACGCACUACUUCAUCCCGCCGCGCAACCGCAUGGUCGAGCUCAUGUCAUCAGGCGCAACAGCCAGAAGCGCAUUCCCCUUUCUCGCAACCCAGAUGCGCCGCGUCGGGCUCGCGCCCGUAAUCGUGCCGCACAAUAUCCAGAGCCGCGGGUUCGUGUUCAACCGCAUCUGGGCGGCGUGCAAGCGCGAGACGCUGGCGGUGCUAGCCGAGGGCGUGGCCAAGCCGGGGGAUGUGGAUGCGCUGUUUCGGGAUUUCUUCCAUGCGGAGAAGGGCCCAUGUGAGCGGAUGGAUGAGAUCGGGCUGGAUACGGUUGCGCGGGUGGAGCAGCAUAAUCUGGAGAGGGUGCCGGGACUGAGGAGUGAGGCGGCGUUGGCGUGGCUGAAGUUGCAUUAUGUUGCGGAGGGGAAGCUCGGGGAGAAGAGCGGCGAUGGCCUGUUCACGGAGGCGGAGCGGGCGGAACUGAGGGAACGGCAUCAUGAGGAGAGGUACAAGGAUGUCGAAGAGACAUCUGACGCGUAG